AUGGCUUACCCGAUCCAUGAACGCGCCCAAGAGGCCUUCUCGGAGUUCGUCGACGAUCCCUUCCUCCAGAAGCACGGAGUCAUUCGACGCCAGUCUCAUAUGCGCAACCGUCGUGGCCUUGACAUCUACACCCAGUCAUGGGCACCUGCUGGCUCGAGUCGUCGACCGUGUGGUCUCGUGUGCAUGAUCCAUGGAUUCAUGGUGCACAGUGGAGGGCCCUGGGAGCUGACAGCCAUUGCGAUGGUCAAGCAGGGUUUUGCAGUAUAUGCCUUGGACCUACAGGGCCAUGGGCGCUCUGAAGGCCUCCGGGGCUACAUUCCAGAUAUCCAAUGGCUCUUGGAUGACUGCAUUGAAUUCUUCAAUUGUAGUCGUGCUGAAGCACCAGGCCUUCCGGCAUUCUUGUAUGGGGAGUCCCUCGGGGGUGCACUGGCUCUGUUGGUGAGCCUCCGGCAGCCUGGAGUCUGGAAAGGGGUAAUCCUGAGCGGCCCGAUGUGUGGCAUCGCCCGAAGUUUCAUGCCGCCAUGGCCAAUGGAGCUGCUCCUCCCACUGGCUUCCAUCGUGGUGCCCACAUGGAAGGCAGUCCCCACACAAUCCCUAGUGAAGGCCUCGUACAAGGAACCAACAUUCAGGAAAUUGAUCAGGACCGAUCCCUACUUAUGCAGAGGGCUGCCACGUGUUGCCAGCGCUCGUGAGCUCCUAAAGGCCUGCGAUGAAGUACAAAGAAGGAGUUAUGAAGUCUGUGUCCCUCUGCUAAUCUUGCACGGCGAUACUGACCAUGUCUGUGAUGUUAAGGCAACGGAGGUUGUCUACGAGAGGGUGCAGAGCCACGAUAAAACACUGAAGAUUUUGCCAGGAAUGUGGCACCAAUUGAUUGGAGAGCCACCGGAGAACGUCGAUUGCGUGUUCAAGCUCGUCUUCUCGUGGCUCAGAGAUCGAGCCACUGGUGCAUGUAAUGGCAAUGCCAAAGGCUAA